GAAUUUCUACGUUUGUCUAAUCCUCGUCUGGUCUACCCUUGUGUCGGCGGAUAUAGACAGGCGACGGUUUUCUAAUCCAACCUACUACAAUGUAGGCGGUGUGCUGUCUAGCAACGAAUCGAUUGCUUUCUUCAAGUACACAAUUUCAAAUCUGAACUUCAAAGACCAGUAUGUGCCCCGGGGAGUCACCUACCAUGAUUACUCUAUAUUGAUGGAUCCCAAUCCAAUAAAAACUGCACUUAACGUUUGCAAGGACCUAAUUGCUCAUAGGGUAUACGCGGUAAUCGUAUCUCAUCCUCUUACGGGAGAUUUGUCUCCUGCAGCAGUAUCGUACACGAGUGGGUUCUACCAUAUACCAGUGAUCGGAAUAUCGUCAAGAGAUUCUGCGUUUUCCGACAAAAACAUACAUGUAUCGUUUCUGCGCACAGUACCGCCGUAUUCUCAUCAGGCAGAUGUGUGGGUCGAUGUGCUUAAACACUUCAAUUACAUGAAAGUCAUUGUAAUACAUAGCUCUGAUACCGAUGGUAGAGCUAUUUUGGGAAGAUUCCAAACAACAUCUCAGAGUAUUGACGAGGAUGUGGAUCGUAAAGUGGUGGUAGAGCAAGUGAUAGAGUUUGAGCCUGGACUAGAAGCAUUCGGAGAUAGACUGUUGGAUGUGAAGAAUGCUCAAGCCAGAGUAUUUCUUAUGUACGCUAGCAAAACUGAUGCUGAAAUAAUAUUUCGAGAUGCAACUUAUCUAAAUAUGACUGCAGCUGGAUACGUAUGGAUGGUGACAGAACAAGCAUUAGAUGCUGCUAAUGCACCAGAAGGUUUACUUGGGUUACGACUAGUCAAUGCAACUAAUGAACAUGCUCACAUCCAGGAUUCUAUCUAUGUUUUGGCAUCAGCCAUUCGUGAUAUGAAUACUUCAGAAGAAAUUCACGCACCACCAUCAGACUGCGAUAAUUCAGGCUCUAUUUGGACAACUGGUCGUCUUCUAUUUGACUAUGUUAGAAAGCAACGAUUAGAAAAUGGAGCAACUGGAUAUGUGUCUUUUGAUGAUCACGGUGACAGAGUGUUUGCUGAAUAUGAUAUGGUAAAUGUUAGGGCGCAAGGAGAACACGUUGCAGUAGGCAAAUACUUCUACUCUCGGGAGUCUCAAAAAAUGCGCCUGGAAUUAAAAGAACAUGAGAUUAUUUGGAUGGGACGCAGUACUUCUAAGCCGGAGGGGUUUAUGAUACCGACUCACUUAAAGGUGUUGACAAUUGAAGAAAAACCUUUCGUAUAUACUCGUAAAGUAGAGGAUAUAAGCGAUUGUACCGUGGACGAGAUUCUAUGUCCUCAUUACAAUGCUACUGAAGAUACAGAUGAUUUAUACUGCUGCAAAGGUUUUUGUAUGGACCUUCUAAAAUAUCUUUCAAAAUCUAUCAACUUCACAUUUUCGCUCGCAUUAUCACCGGAUGGUCAAUUUGGAAAUUAUGUAAUUAAAAAUCUUAGUGUUCCGGGUUCGAAAAAGGAAUGGACUGGUUUAAUAGGAGAACUAGUUUACGAACGCGCAGAUAUGAUUGUUGCUCCACUAACUAUAAAUCCAGAACGUGCUGAAUUCAUCGAGUUUAGUAAGCCUUUCAAAUACCAAGGAAUAACCAUACUAGAGAAAAAGCCCUCGCGUUCUUCAACAUUGGUAUCGUUCUUGCAACCAUUUUCUAACACGCUUUGGAUUCUGGUAAUGGUGUCGGUGCACGUCGUUGCCUUGGUCCUUUACCUUCUGGACAGAUUCUCUCCAUUUGGAAGGUUCAAGCUAGCUAAUAUCGAUGGCACUGAGGAAGACGCCCUGAAUCUUUCGAGCGCUAUUUGGUUCGCUUGGGGUGUGCUCCUCAACAGUGGGAUUGGUGAAGGUACUCCGCGAAGUUUUUCGGCCAGAGUGCUUGGUAUGGUAUGGGCAGGAUUUGCUAUGAUCAUCGUAGCAUCGUACACUGCCAACUUGGCUGCCUUCCUUGUGCUUGAACGACCCAAAACCAAACUCACUGGCAUCAACGACGCUCGGUUACGUAACACUAUGGAAAACUUAACUUGCGCAACGGUUAAAGGGUCAGCAGUCGACAUGUAUUUUAGAAGACAGGUGGAAUUGUCUAAUAUGUACCGCACCAUGGAAGCAAAUAAUUAUGAUAAUGCUGAACAAGCCAUUCAGGAUGUUAAAAAUGGAAAGCUAAUGGCAUUCAUCUGGGAUUCGUCGCGAUUGGAGUUUGAAGCGGCACAAGAUUGUGAACUAGUAACCGCAGGGGAGUUGUUUGGCCGCUCAGGUUAUGGCGUUGGCUUACAGAAAGGGUCUCCGUGGGCCGACUUGGUCACCUUGGCCAUUUUGGAUUUUCAUGAAAGUGGCAUAAUGGAAUCAUUGGACAACCAAUGGAUUUUACGAAACAACAUGUUACAUUGCGAGGAAAACGAGAAAACACCAAACACAUUGGGUUUAAAAAACAUGGCUGGCGUGUUCAUACUUGUGUUGGCUGGCAUUAUCGGAGGAAUAGUGCUCAUAGUCAUCGAGGUGGUCUACAAACGGCACCAGAUCAAGAAGCAGAAACGAAUGGAGAUCGCACGACACGCGGCAGACAGGUGGCGCGGCGCCGUUGAGAAGAGGAAGUCCCUGCGUGCGUCAAUACUGCCGUCGCAACGCCGAGCCAAGUCGAACGGUGUGAAAGAAGCUGGAAGUAUAAGCCUCGCAGUGGACCGCGGGGCUAGAAGACGCGACGAGCCGAGAGUGCCAAGAUACCUACCUGCCUAUACUCCAGACGUUUCGCAUCUCGUUGUCUAAAUCACUACAAUAUGUGUUGUUCGUAGAUAGGUCAAUUGCAAUGUAGUAGGUACAUCGUACAGAUAAAAUGAUAAAAAUAUUGAUAACACUUCCAUGCUUACGUAAGGUUAUCACGAGUGUGACGGCAUAUGAUUUCUUGUGUUGUGAGUUAAAAAAAACUUAGAUAGGUGUUUGCCUUAUCAGGCCUCGAGGUUGCAAUUCGCAAUAAAUUUACUUGUUUUACACAGGGUAGGGAAGGCCAUUGAAUUUGAUAUGUUCAAAUUACAUAAUAUAUCUGUGAGUAGAAAGGCACUAAAUCGUUGUAUUUUAGGGUAAAAUUGAUGUCUAUUCUAUAUUCACUAAAAUUGUGUCAAAAAUUACAUAUUAUACAAAUGGAUGUUGUGAAAUCUAUAGAAAUCAUCGAAUCAUUUUGAAUUAUAAUUGUCCGUCGUGCUAAGUAUGAAAUAGAAUGAGUUCAUUAUUUUAAACGAAUCUAAUUAAUACAUGAAAUUUUAUUGAAGA